UGGUUUAUCCCAUUUUCAGAUUUGGUAUUCAAGAAGACUUCUUUGCUAGAUUGUGAGAGAAAUGACGGCAAUAUAUCCUCUGCUGGCCGUAUUUCCAUUCAAUCGUUAUGUGCUCCACAAUGUGAUCAUUCCAACAUGGAAUGGGAAAUGCUUUCCUUUUUAAGGUCUCUGAAAAGCAUGCUAAGGUCCUCAAAUGCAGUAGCUGUGGUGACGUUUUCGCCUUCCCUUCUUUUGCCAUCCUUCUCUAAAAGAUGGCAGCACAUGGCAGAUACCUUGCUUUCUGUCAAGGCAAUCCCAGAUGAGGAUAAGGAAUUAGCAAAUCUCCUCACUGGUUACCAAGACAUGGUUGGCCUUCUCAAUAUUCAUAAAGUGGCUCAAAUCAAUACGCAGGUUCCAAGAAUUCUUGAGGCGACUACAUUCUCUAUAAAGUUGCAAAAGAGAAGGUUUUUAGUUUUAGAAUGUCUUAAUCAAGCGCCUGUUGAUGGUUCAACCGGGAGCUCAUAUGGCUCUACUGCGAGUUGUUCUGGGUCCUCCAAGACAGGUUCUCUCGACUUUUAGUUUCUAAAUGAUAUUAGCAUAAGAAAUUUGAGAGUGGAAUUUUUUAAGUUAAAUUUGAAGUUUAGGAUGAUAUUGAUCGUUGAAUGUUUAUAUUUUCCCCCCAUUUCUUUGGCCUUCAUUCCUGUAUUAUAAACAUUCCUUUCAAGAGUAAAAGAAAUGGAUAAUUGUUUGAACAUCA